CACAGGAGAAGCAGGCAGUCAAAGAAACACCAGGACUCAGACUGCUGAGCAGAGCUGCCUCUGACACAGCCUCACGCAGCUCCUCAUGACCAGUGGCCACACCAAGUAACCAGAGCAGAGGACAGGACUGUGAGAAAGAACUUACUGCUUUGUAUACCUAGAUAAUAUUUUAAAAUCUCUCAAGGCUUUUUGUAAGUUCUGCUGGUGUUGGGAAGAAACUGACAACUGGAGCUUCCCCCCUCAUAUUAAGGGUACAUCAUGACUACGUUGCUUCUUCUGUGUGCAUGUCUACAUGUCAUCUCAGCAGCUACAACCUUUGGAGACCUCUCUGUUGGAGAUGUAGACAGCACACUGAGCGUCAGCAUCCCCCUGGAGAAGCCCCUGCGCCCCCUGCUGGGAGGGAAGGUGGUGAUGCCCUGCUACUUCCAGGACAACACUGUCCAGGACCCCGGCGCACCAACCAUCGCCCCUCUAACCCACCGCAUCAAGUGGAGCUACAUCUACAAGGGCCAGGUGUCCCUCAUCUUGGUGGCCUCUGAUGGCCAAAUCCGGGUGGAGUCUGACUACCUGGAUCGGGUCCACCUCAUCAACUACCCCGCCAUCCCCACCGAUGUUACCAUGGAGAUGACAGAGCUGCGCUCCAGGGACUCUGGCUCCUAUCGCUGUGAGGUGAUGCAUGGCAUUGAGGAUAACUACGACUCCGUCGACGUCCAGGUUCAAGGUAUUGUGUUCCACUACCGAGCCAUCUCCACCCGCUACACGCUAACGUUUGAGAAAGCCAAGGCUGCAUGCAUCCAGAACAGCGCUCUUAUUGCCACCCCAGCUCAACUCCAAGCUGCUUAUGAUGAUGGAUUCCACCAGUGUGAUGCUGGUUGGUUGGCUGACCAAACAGUCAGGUAUCCAAUUCAUGAGCCCCGAGAGGGUUGUUUUGGAGACAAAGAGGACUUCCCUGGUGUUCGCACCUAUGGCGUGAGAGAUGUCAAUGAGACUUUCGAUGUGUACUGCUUUGCAGAGAAGAUGUCAGGCAAGGUCUACUACUCCAUGUCUGUCGAGAAGUUCACCUUCAUGCAAGCAGGUGACCAAUGCGCCAACCUUGGGGCCCGAUUGGCCACCACUGGGGAGCUCUAUCUGGCUUGGCAGGGUGGUAUGGACGUCUGCAAUGCAGGCUGGUUGGGUGACAGAAGUGUACGUUAUCCAAUCAACAUCGCCCGUCCUCAGUGUGGUGGUGGGCUUCUAGGAGUACGCACUGUUUACUUGUUCCCAAACCAGACCGGCUUCCCCUAUCCUGACUCCCGAUAUGAUGCCAUCUGUUUUGAAGAGGGUGAGGAGGAGGUUUCUGCUUCGCCAUCUCUGUUCCCAGAACCAGGGCACAGUACAACAGAGGGGUACAGUACAACAGAAGGGCACAGUACAACGGAGGGGCAUAGUACAACAGAAGGACACCUGAGUGUGGCCACCGUCACCUCCAGCCCUGCACUCUACCCCAUCCAGACCACCACCGAGGGGGAACUCCGUGGGUCACCCCACGAGCCUACAGAGAUGCCCCUGCCCUAUCCCCCAACCAGCACAUUUCCCGGCACUGUCACGGAAGAGGUCAUCACCAUGGCUACCGCUCACCCGGAUGUGAACGUGGAGCGUCCUAAGGAGAAUGUCAUUGCAGGUGUGGUGUUCCACUACCGUUCUGGCUCCAGGCGUUAUGCCCUGACUUUUGUUGAGGCCCAGCUGGCUUGCCACAGUCAGGGUGCUGUCAUGGCCAGUCCCCAGCAGCUCCAGGCCGCAUAUGAGGCAGGCUUCCAUCACUGCGCUGCUGGCUGGAUAGAUGACCAGACCGUCAGGUACCCUAUUGUAAAUCCACGGGCCAAAUGCUCUGGAGACAAAGAGCAGCAACCUGGUGUUCGCUCAUAUGGCUUUAAGGAUGCCAGGGAACACUUUGACGUCUACUGCUACAUGGAUCGGCUGAGGGGUGAGGUCUUCCAUGCCAGCACUCUGUCUGGCCUCACGUACUACGAGGCCAAAUCUUAUUGCAGGAGGCAGAAUGCCACACUGGCCUCCACUGCUGAGAUGUACGCUGCCUGGAACCAGGGCAUGGACAGCUGCCACCCUGGUUGGCUGUCUGACCGCAGUGUCCGGUAUCCUAUCCACACCCCAAGACAAAACUGCGGUGGAGGAAGAGUUGGGGUUCACACCAUUUAUGUCUACCCAGGCCAGGCCGGCUUCCCCAGCCCUUACUCCAGAUAUGACGCCUACUGCUACAGAGCUGACCUGUCCAUACUGAUCUCUGAGGGCAGAUUGGACGCAACUCAGAUGGGUGUGGAAUUGAACAUGACCAGCAUCACAGCUCUUCUGAGGCCUGUGCGUCCGACCAUAUCUCCCAUUUUCGUGGACAUAUCUGGCUCUGGAGAGAUGUCUGGAGACACGUCCGGGGAUGUCAGCGGCAGACCAAGUGGAGAGGAGUCUGGUUCGGGCGUUGAUGGGUCUGGCACCUCUGUGAGUUUCAAGGGCAGCGGUGAUCGGCUCUCGGGCGAUGGCUCUGCGUCUGGCGUCCCUGAAGAGGCAGUGGAGGGCAGCACGGUCACCUUCUCCACAGACAUGACCUCUGGAGACAUCAGUGGCGAUCACUCAGGAAAGGCGGAGGAGAGCGGCUCAGCCGUCCCGGACUUCCACUCAGGGUACCUGAGCGGAGAGGAGAGUGGCAGCUCCAUGGUCAUCCUGGUAGACGGGCAGCUGGUUGACCAGUCCAUCACCCCGACAAAAGUAGAACACGAGCUGGGCAGGGGACCUACAGACCUCAGUUGCUCAGGGUUCCUCAGCGGUGACGAGUUCCAAAGCGGCUCAGGGUUCCUCAGCGGCUCAGGGUUCCAAAGCGGCUCAGGGUUCCUCAGUGGUGACGUCAGUGGAUCUGCCUCUGGUCUCCCAGAUCUGACCUUUGUGGACCACAGUCUGAUCGACCAGACAGGGAGAAGCCAGGAGGAGCAGGAGGAGCAGGAGUUGUCCGGCGUUCAGCCCAGUGGCUUUGGCUCAGCGUAUCCCUCAGGCUUCUCGUCCGGUGCUUCUGGUCACGCAGACAGGGGCGGGGUCAUCCUAAAUGAGGAUGAAGUGUUCGAAGUGAUGGAGGGAUCCAGAGGGAUGGAGGAGCAAGGUCAAGGGUCGGUGGAGGCCAGCGGAUAUGAGACUGGAAAGCUCUCCAUAGAGUUGCCCCCUGGCUACACGAACGAGCAGUACAAGAAGGAGUUCAUGAGUGGAAGAGGACCAUAUGGACAUGCGAGUGGUCAUGACGUCGAGGUGAUGCCCACUACGAUCUGGAUAGAGCCGGAAGUGUUCCCCACGACCUGGGCCGAUGUCACUACAGAGCCUCCUGUCACCACCUCAAGCACCAGUGCCAGUACCACCACUGUGUCCAGCAUCACUACGGCGUCUUCUCUACCACUGCAGACACCAGCACUUGUGGAGGAACCAGCAGUUGAAGAUGGUAAAGAUGAAAAGCUGCUUGAUAUUCCUUCUCCUCAAACAUUAUUAUUAUUAGGGCCAAGGCACACCUUUUUUCUGAUUUUGCAUAAGUCGGACCUAUUUUUUUGGUUUGUUUUUAGACUGAUAACUAAUGCUUAUAUUGAUUCUCCUAUAUCUUGGCUCUAUCUUCCCGUUCUAGGCGAUGCUGACCCUUGCAAGCCCAACCGCUGUGGCUCUGGUACAUGUUCAGUCCAGGACGGCAUUGCAGUGUGCCAGUGUCCUCCAGGACAGACAGACGAUAACUGUGUCACAGCACCGCAGGGAUGUGAGCAGGGCUGGGAGGAGUUCAGGGGGAACUGCUACCUGCACUUCUCCGAGCGCGAGACCUGGAGCAGUGCUGAGCAGCGCUGUCAGGAGCUGAACUCUCACCUGGUCAGCAUCACGUCCCAGGAGGAGCAGGAGUUUGUGAACUCCAACGCUCAGGACUACCAGUGGAUCGGCCUCAAUGACCGGGAUCAACAGAGUGAGUUUAGGUGGACGGACAGGACUCCUGUGAACUUUGAGAAUUGGAGACCAAACCAGCCAGACAACUACUUCAAUGCCGGAGAAGACUGUGUGGUCAUGAUUUGGCACGAGGACGGCCAGUGGAAUGAUGUUCCCUGCAACUACCACCUGCCCUUCACCUGCAAGAGUGGGCCUGUUAUGUGCUCUUCGCCUCCUGAAGUGGAGAAUGCUAGAUUGUUGAGCAGCCCUAGGCAUCGCUACCCUGUCAACUCCAUAGUGAGUUACAAAUGUAAUGGUGGCUUCACACAGAGCCACCAGUCUGUGGUGCGCUGCAUGUCUGACGGACGGUGGGAGGAGCCACAAGUGGAGUGUAUAGCCACUGAUAAUACCAACAUCAGACUAAGAAAACGAUCCCUGAAGCGGCAGUCAAAAGCGGUCAGCAGUCGGACAUGGCGGAAGCACCUCUAAAAAGGACAGAAGGGACUAACAUUAGGGAAAAAAGGAUUUUGUUGAUAAAAGAACCUUUGUACACAUUUUUGCCUGAAAAAAACACAAAAACACAUAAGAAAGAUUGCCCACCUUAUAUAAACAUUGUCAAACAUUAGGUUUUGUAGUCUGCCUGGCUAAUUAGAUUUCUAAGUGUUACUUUGUAAUGAAUAAACACAGGAGUAGGUUAAGGACUAUGGUGCCAUAGCUCAAAAAAGAGUCACUGUUGGGUUAAUUUUACCAAUGUAAGCCUUUAGUACUGCUCUUCCAUUCAGAACCAUAAUUUGUAUUGAUUUAGAGAGAGAAAGAAACUCCUCCUCAAGUUCUACAGUAACACUUUUGCCAUCAAAGACAAAAGGCUUCCUUGACUACCACCGGUUAUUAUGAAAAGUUAAUUGGGGUUUUUUUAUUUGUAAAGUUUAGUAUUUUUUGUUUUUGUUUUCAGUGUUUGUUUGUCACUUCGCCACAGAGAGUACAGAUAUCCGUCCCUGAGAAAAUACAAACAAGUCCCUAUUAGCCCUGCCUCUGGGAUCCAACGAAAGACUGUCUUACUUUUAUAUUACUUUUAGAUUCAGAUCUGACCUGACCUGUUUUCUGAGAUGUUACAGAUUUCGCUUUGUGGCAUAUAACACCUCAGUUCCACAAGUGACCACAGCCACACUACUACCUAUGUGUAAUUUAAUUUUAAGUCUUAAAGUCCAUUUCUGUUAAAUGGUUCAAACGAUCCCUGGUUGUGAUAAAAGUAGGGUUUUCUUCUUUGUAUGGAGGAGACCUUUGACCUUCGACAUUUACUGUGAAUGCCUUUUGGCCUGAAAGAUGGUACUGAAGCAUGUGUAAUGACGUAAUGCACACAAUUUUGGCCUUUUGGCAGAUUUGAUACUACCGACCGAUUAGAUUUGACCAGCAGUUUAUUGUCAUAUUUUAUGAGUCCAUGCCAACAGAAGUGUUGACAAAAUAUGUUGUGACCAAACCAGAGUUUGAGUGAAUGCUUUCACCUUGACAUAUCUGUUGGUUCUAUAUGACAAAGCAAAAGGCAACGGAUUGCUAAUCCAUACUGUGUUAGAGGUAAUAGACUGUACAGUAGAAAACAUUCUGUCAAAACUUUGGUGUCUAAUAACUGUCACAUUAUCAUCACUGUCUAACCCCUGAAAUAAAUAUUUGGCACCCAAUUUAUUGUAUAAUAGCAUGAUAAUUUAUGAUCCUGGGGUGGAAAAAAAAGAUAUAUGUUGGAGAUUGAGAUAAAUGUCUUGCGUAUGUUGACCUUUCCAUCACUGACCAGUUAGGACCCAUAUGCAUGUCUCUGAGAAUGUAUGUUGAUGUGAGCUAAAUAAGAUUGUAUUGGGUGUGUGUGCAAAGGGGUGCAUGCGUGCUGUGCAUGCAUAGGUGUGUGUGCGUGUGCUAGUGUGUGUUAGUUUGUGUGCGUGUGUGUGUGUGUGUGUGUGGGUAUGUUCCAGGCCUUCUAAAGCACACAACAAAUGUGAUUCAGUAUGUGCUGUAAAUGUGUGCUUUUAUGUUUGAUGAAAGACCCUGGUUUGAGACGAAAAAACAAAUAAAAGUUUGAAUACCAAUCUUUCUGCUCAGUAACUAGAUUUGGUAGAUUAAUGUUGUUGAAUGUGAUUUUGAAACAUAAUACUAAAAUCAGCAUGUCUUCUAUUUCAUCAUAUUCAUUGACGUUGUAUUUCACUUUUUAUGCAUUUUAUGUUUCGAUAACUGCAAAUUAAGUAUAGAGAAAACAUGCAUUUAUUCGGGCCUGUAGAGUGCCUUAGUACUCGCCAAAUAUUUAGCUACAAAAAUAAUUAAUUUUGCAUCGCAAAUAACUAAAUGUGCAUCGCUGCCAGAUUUUAUAAAGAACCUGUAAUUCAAUCAAGAGUAUCUUUGAUUCAGUAAGACCUUUUAAAUUCAAUGUGCGUCACUCUACGGUAUAUAUCAACAACCUGAUGACACAUCCCAGAAAACCCUGGGCACAAAUUCACCAUUUAGUGUAUUUUUACCCCUGGCAUCUAAAAUGGCAAAAAAAAGAAACGACACAAAAAAAAGC